GAGCUGCAGACUGUGGACUCUCUGUCAACACGGCUGGUCACUCAUUAACGCAGCGGCGGCCGACUGGACCAGCGUCUCAGCCUCAGCGCCGCUUCUUCAUAUGAUGAUCGUCGCUCCGAUCGUCUCAUCGACUUCUGGUGUCUGCAGGUCUGAUGGAGACCGUGACCCGCUCCGUGUUCGGCCUGCUGGUCUGCGCCGCUCUGUGGGCGGCUUCAGCCCUCAGCCUGUCAGUGUUCUCCGACCCGGACUCGGCCCACAUGCUGCUCCGGUCCCGCCGGGCCAACAGCUUCCUGGAGGAGCUGAAGCCGCCGUCCAUGGAGCGCGAAUGUGUGGAGGAGAAAUGUGACUUUGAGGAGGCCAGAGAGAUUCUCCAGACCCGGGAGGCGACACUGGAUUUCUGGACCGUUUACACCGAUGGGAACCAGUGUGAGUCCCAUAGUUGUAUCCAUGGCGACUGCAUGGACCAGUACCAGGACUACAAGUGCCUCUGUUACCAUGGAUACGAGGGCAGAUACUGCCAACACAAUGUAACAGCCACAAACUGCUCUGUGGACAACGGCGACUGCGACCACGAAUGCUCAGAGAGCGAAGACGGCGCGCGGCGGCGCUGCAGCUGCCUGGACGGAUACAAGCUGGACGACGACUCCAGGAAAUGCAGCCCCAAAAGUGCCUCGUCUUGUGGUCAGAUUCUGAUCAGCAGGUCGGAGUACAGCGAGCCGGUGGACGGCCUGCUGCCCUGGACGAUCGGAGGGGAGGUGGGCAAGAAGGGCGAGAGUCCCUGGCAGGUUCUGGUGCUGAAUGAGGGCAGUUUUCACUGCGGAGGGGUUCUGAUCGAUGAGAACUGGGUCCUGACUGCUGCACACUGCCUUGAAGACAGCUUCAGGUUCAGCGUACGGCUGGGUGACUACGAGCGAACGAGAAAUGAAGGCACCGAGGUUUUGCUUAGAGUCGCAAAAACUUUCAAACAUCCCAAGUACAACUCCAGGACGGUGGACAACGACAUCGCCCUGAUGCGCCUGCAGUCGCCCGCCCCGUUCUCCAAAUACAUCGUCCCCGCCUGCUUACCUGGCCGCGCCUUGGCCGAGAAGGUGCUGCACCUGAACGGCACCACCACUGUGGUGACAGGCUGGGGUAAAAACGACAGCGGGAAGCACAGCUCGGCGCUCAACGUCAUCAAAAUCCCGCUGGUUAAUCACAGCUUUUGCGUGCAGCAGAUGUUUCCCCAUGAAAUCACCAACAACGUCCUCUGUGCCGGGAUCCUGGGUCAGAAGAUCGAUGCCUGCGAGGGCGACAGGGGGCCGAUGGUCACUCUGUCGGACACCUGGUUCCUGGUGGGCCUGGUGUCCUGGGGCGAGCGCUGCGGCAUGGUGGACAAGCUGGGCAUCUACACCAAGGUGUCCAACUACAACGAGUGGAUUGCUCAAGUACAGGAGGAAUGGAACCGAGGACAUCAUCCUCAGUAAGAGCAACCCGCCUGCUCCGUCAAACCACAGCAUCCACUCAGAGCAUCAGCGCUGGUGGAAAACGUUUUGUUAAAUAAACCUGGUAACUCGA